AUCAGGAUGUUAGCACCACACCCAUCUUGGGAUGUCAGGUUGGAUGAUGAUAAAGUUGAAGAAGAUGCUGUUUUCUUUGGAGCCCCAACAUUGAAUCAAAGCUGGCUCCUGAGGGGUUCAAGGAAAACCACCAGACAUAAUCCAAGAGCAAUACAUAAGAAUUUCGGGAAGCAUGUUUUGUCAAUCACUAUCAUUCUUAGUGUUAAAAAGAAAAACAGAUGCCUACAAGUCUUAGAGGACAUUAACUGUAACUGCAACUGAAAAUUUGGCAUCAGCUUUUGCUGUGGUAUCAGAAAUUCAGAGUGCUAUUCACAAACUUAUUAUAUGCCAGACUCACUGCAUACCGAUGUUUUCCUUCAGAAUUUGGCAGUAAAGGACUGUCCUGAUCUGAGGUCUUUGCCAGGUGUCCCAUCCAUAAUAAGGUGUGGUAUUGAAGAACCACCCAAUGGGAUACAGUGUUAUACCUCUCUUCUUCAAUAUAUGGAGAAUGGGAAUUGUGUGGGUUCUACUUCCAUUCAACACUACCACCCCUUCCUCCAAAAGCUCAAAUUGUGUGGGUCGUCUAUGCAGGCUAUAGUCCACUCUUUCCUGGUCCUGGACCAAAUUCAAUACUUCAUUGCCCUUAAAAUUCUGUGGAUGGAGAAUUUUCAUGAAAUGGUAGCUUUGCCAGAGUGGUUGGGCAAUCUUUCCUCUCUUCAAAAGCUGUAUAUUGUGGAUUGCGAGAAGCUGAUGUAUCUGCCCACUGAGCAAGCCAUGCAAUGCCUCGCCGAAUUGGAAAAGCUGAUGAUUUAUGAUUUCCCCAAACUAAAAAAUGAGCAGUCCAAGAUUAACCACAUUCCACUGGUUCAAAUAAAUACUCAGUACUAUUCAAAUUUUUGUUUCUGCAAAUCAUCACGAGACUUAAGAAGUUGCUAA